GCGCCCCCCAUAUAAAAUCUGCGUCCCCGCGGCGGGGAGGGCGCAGUGAGCGUCGCGGCGGCUGCGGAGCGAGUCGAGCCCACCGGCAUCAGCGGCUUCGGCGCGCAGCGCUACCGGACAGCGGCGCUUCCUUCUCCUCCGAGCGGUAAGUGAGGAAAAAUGGCCCGUACAAAGCAGACCGCCCGCAAGUCCACCGGGGGGAAGGCGCCGCGCAAGCAGCUGGCCACGAAGGCGGCCCGGAAAAGCGCCCCCUCUACUGGCGGCGUCAAGAAGCCUCACCGCUACAGGCCGGGGACCGUCGCGCUCCGUGAGAUUCGUCGCUACCAGAAAUCCACGGAGCUGCUGAUCCGCAAGCUGCCCUUCCAGCGGCUGGUCAGGGAAAUCGCCCAGGAUUUUAAAACGGACUUGAGGUUCCAGAGUGCAGCCAUCGGUGCGCUGCAGGAGGCCAGCGAGGCAUAUCUGGUGGGUCUGUUUGAAGACACAAACCUGUGUGCCAUCCAUGCCAAGAGAGUCACCAUCAUGCCCAAAGAUAUCCAGUUGGCUCGCAGGAUACGGGGAGAGAGGGCUUAAGUGAAGGCUGUUUUUAUGGUGUUUUGUAGUUAAUUCUGUAAAAUACUUUGGUUUUAAUUUGUGACUUUUUUUGUAAGAAAUUGUUUAUAAUAUGUUGCAUUUGUACUUAAGUCAUUCCAUCUUUCACUCAGGAUGAAUGCUAAAAGUGACUGUUCACAUAAACCUCAGUGAUGUUGAGCCUCGGGCUCGGGAGUGACAAGUUGCUAAUAUGCAGAAGGGAUGGGUGUUCUUUCUUGCUUCUCAUGCAUGUUUCUGUAUGUUAAUGACUUGUUGGGUAGCUAAACUUGUAAGGUACUAGAAUUGAUAUAAAUGUGUACAGGGUCCUUUUGCAAUAAAACUGGUUAUGACUUGAUCCAGGUGUUUAACAAUUGGGGCUGUUAGUCUGACCAUGCAUCACUGUGAUCAAAUGUGGACUUCCUUCAGAGGGUGAAACUACAAGUCUUAACCACAGUGUAACUUACAGUUUCCUAAAAACGUAAACCUGGCAGCUAUAGAAUACACUAUGUGCAUUUAUAAUAGCUAUUUUAUAUAUUGUAGUGUCAACAUUUUUAAAUUAAAUGUUUUACAUUCACA